UUUAAAUGUGCCACUUGUGAUUAUGGGACAAAUAAUAAACACCACUUCAAACAACACCUUUUGAAACAUAAAGUUUCUAAGGAUUUUAAAUGUACUGUUUGUGAUUACGAGACAUACAAGAAAUAUGCCUUGACACAACACCUUUUAACACAUAAAACCUUGAAGCGUUUGAAAUGUACUUAUUGCGAUUAUCGUUCAAAUUUUAAAUCCGAUCUUAAAAAACACCUUUUAAAACAUAGUGUUUCAUAUGAGACAAAAUUUAAAUACGAUCUUAAAAAACACCUU